ACGUUUUUGUGCUACCCCUACUAGGUUGUCUGAUCAUCCCAGACACUUCGGGGAGAAAAAUUCCCUUCCACCACAUUCUAUUACUAAAUGACGAGAAUCGGUGUUCACAACUUAGUUGGGGUGCAGCAGCGCUUGCCACUUUAUAUCACUACCUUUGUGAAGCUUCGUGUCAAAAGAGGAAAGAUAUCGGUGGCCCAUUGACCCUUCUACAGAUGUGGCUUGGGAGAGGAUACCCAAUAUUCGACCUGAGAUUGUUGAUAGGGUUGAGUAUGAUGGUACGACACCAUGUGGAAUAAUUUGGAGGGGGCGAUUGUAUUUGGGUAGAGCCCCGCUACAUGUCCAAAGUUAUAACAGGGAACAAUUGGCUCAUUUGCAUGACAAUCAGUUUGUUUGGGAGCCGCAUUUGGAUCGUCGUCCUCUACCAGAGGAGUGCACGCGUGGGAUGAAUGUUUGGGUGUGCACCAACUACCUCAUUUGCUAUCAUAUUGUGGAGCCUCAUUUGGGUCAUCGAGUUACACGACAGUUUGGAAACCCCCAACAUAUUUUUUCUAGUGCGACUCGAUUCCACAAUUAUGAGAGAUGGGAAAGUACAAGGCGAGGUAAGUCAUCCACAAACUGGGAAACUCAUCAUGCUAACUACGUUCAGUAUUGGAGGAUCCGGGGAGAAAUAGAACAACAGGUGUAUCCAAAUGCCUCGAAUUCUGACUACAUGGAUUGGUUUCGGAAAAUCACUGUCACUUACAUUACUAGACCCGGCAUCCAUGGCCAGCCAGGCAUCCAUGAGACUGCCUCUACACAUAUGAUGAUGAUGGAGACGUUGGUCAAUGUCUAUCAUUACCUUAGCGGAUCUGAGACGGCGUAUCAUCAGGACAUCCAACGUGCUUUGAACAUGGUGUCGACUUGUAUGACAAUAUGUGGGGAGGCUGGACGUCUUGAUUUUGUCCCUACCCAAAGAUCAGCGAUUGACACUACAAGACCAAUCAUUCACAAAGCUAGGCGCGAAGGACGGCCAGGUGUCCGUAUUGGCGGUCCAGGGUACAGACGAGAUGCAGGUUUAUCGCAGAUGGGCGGAGGAUGCAGUGACCCUCUGCGUGCUUCUUGGCAUGCUGGAUCAAGUACACAGAUGAUGGGUGACGAACAUUAUUCUGAUGUUAACCUUGAUGAAUAUUUUGGAGUAAGAUUACAAACACAGGAGGAGGAUGAGGAUGAAGUGGAUGCUGCUGCUGCGGAGGAGGAGGCAGCUUGGCGCGAGUCACGCACAAAGGCUCUUCAUGAGUCUCGGGUGGCUUCUGGGUCAGCUUCUAGUUCUUCACUAUCCACUAGAGGAUUGACGCGGAAUACAACAAAAUUCUUUACUAGGAGAACAUCCUCGCGUACAUCCAAAGGGGUAGCUGCAAACAAGUUUACACCUAGUACUUACAAGUAGUUUGUGGUUGUUUGUUAGACGUAGACAUUUGUGAUAAUCAACUUAACUACAUUUUGUUUAAUUUUUAGUCCAUUUUUCUACAUUUGAUUUCA